AUUACACACAAAUUUGCAUCCUUUUUGUUAUAUUCCAACUGUUUCUUCAUUUCCCAAUUGUAUGCUAGAAAAAGGACAGCAGGUGGCGUAGUGGUCGAAAUAUAACCUACGAACCCAUGGAUGAUGACGAAUUAAGGUCUAAAAGUAAGCUAGAGCGUGAUAUAACGGAACAAUCGGUGCGCAUUGACGAAAUACUCGACAGGGACGAGCUUCAGACUCCAAGUGAUCCGAAAUUUCUCCUCAAGGUAAAUUUCCUCGCAGAUUCUUCCGCAAAAUACAAUACAAAUUUUCAGAAAGAUGAAUUUGUAAACAGAGAUCUAGACCUUCCUCUGUUGCAGCCGAGCGUCAGAGACCCAGAAAGGCGCAUAUGUAAACCAGAUGGUAUGCUUAUAGGUCCGGAUCAUCCAUUUUUUAAUGAAGAAAUUCGUUCUGCUAGAUCAAGAAAUCCACCAAAUGUAAGAUAUGACGUGAUUGGUCCAUUUGGUAACGAACCGGAUCCGGAUUUGGAUCUUUACCCCUUGCUACAGAGAUCUGGAACCACUCGGAACCCUCCAAACCCCUUUGAUGGCCCAGGAUUCAAUUUUAUGGAUCGCAAUCCCUUCCCUAAAUUUUAAACAUCAUUU